AUGCAGCUUAGCUUCAAGCGACCAAAGCUCCGGGUCGAGCAGGCCAAAUCGCAGUUUGCCGAGGGGAGUGCCAGGUGGACAAACGUUGAUCUGGAUCCUGUCCCUCGGCAUGCUCGCAAGUGGGGAAUUACCUCUUUCAUCUCGUAUUGGAUCAGUGACGCAUUCAACGCGGCAACAUGGCAAUUUGCGUCGUCUAUAAUCGCCGUCGGCCUGACAUGGCGCGAGUCGUUGGGCAUUGUCGCGCUUGCCUUCUUCAUAAUAUCCUUUGUCAUUGCAUUUAAUGGAGCAACGGGUGUGAUUCACCAUGCGCCAUUCCCUGUCCUCGCACGAGCAAGCUGGGGCUUCUGGGGCUCCUAUGUUGCCAUUGUCUCGCGUGUCAUCCUCGCCAUAUUCUGGUUUGCAAUUCAGACCAUGAACGGGGCGAACACCGUGAGUGUUAUGAUCGCAGGAGCAAUAUGGCCUUCCUUCCUCACUCUACCAAAUCACAUUCCGGAGGAUGAGGGCAUCGCCACCAAUACCAUGAUCAGCUUCUUUAUCUUUUGGCUUGCCCAGAUUCCAUUCUUGUACAUGCAUCCUAACAGUCUCCGCUGGCUCUUCAUGGCCAAGUCCAUCAUUGUGCCCAUCUGCUUCAUCGCCAUCCUAAUCUGGGCUUUCGUCUCCACGAAAGGCAUGGAUAUCUUUGAUCAGAAAUCGACACUCCACGGUUCAGCCUAUUCGUGGGCUUUUUUGGCGAAUCUGACCUCAAUCAUCGGCAACUAUGCCACCCUGUCGGUCAACCAAGCUGAUUUCAGUAGAUACUCGCGGAUCAAUGUCAAAUGGCAGAUUCUCUACGUCCCAAUGCUGCCCAUUGUCUUCACUUUCAUCUCUUUCAUCGGGGUUGUCGCCUCAUCUGCCGGCGCAUCCAAAUACGGCGAACACCUCUGGGACCCGAUGAGCCUCAUUGCCAUGUGGCCGAACCGGGCCUGUCGCUUCUUCGCAGCGUUCAGUUUCGCGCUCGCCGCGCUCGGCGUCAACAUCUCUGCCAACAGCCUGUCGGCAGCCAAUGAUCUGACAGCGCUGUUUCCGCGCUUCGUGGACAUUCGGCGCGGCCAACUGCUCUGCGCCGUCCUCUGCUGGGCCCUGGUUCCGUGGAAGAUCCUGGAGAGCGCGGGUAGCUUCCUCAACUUCAUGAGCGCUUACGCCGUAUUCCUGGGCCCGAUUGCGUCCAUAAUGUUGUUUGACUUCUGGGUCAUACACAAGCGUCGCUAUGACACACGGGCGUUGUACGAGCCUAUGGGUAUCUACAGAUACACCUACGGCGUCAAUUGGAGAGCCGUUACGGCGUUCGUGGUUGGUGUCGCCCCAAACUUGCCCGGGUUCAUCAACAGCAUCAACAGCAACAUCGAUGUCGGCGUCGGAGUACAUCCGUACCAAUUCGGUUGGCUUUUGGGCUUCGUAGCGACGACUUUAGUUUACGUGACUUUGGAACUGGUCUUUGUGCCGAAGAAGACGAUGAUCGAACGCGCCGUGCUGCCCGAUGAGGUUUACGACGCGAUAGGAUAUCACGAUGGCAUCGAAGUUGUACCAGCCGAGGGUUCGGACGAGAGUGAAAAGAUCGAAGAAAGAAGGGGCAUCAAAAGCUGGGCGGACCGGAUCCUGUGA